GUCGCCGGCCUUACGUCACGCACCCGCGCAGCGACGAGCAGCGGCUCUGGAAGCUUCGGAGAUGGCGGAGGGAUCGGCGGCGGCGGCGCUGCGGCCGCCGGAGGACGACGACGUCAGCCGGGACCCCGCGGCGGCCCUGCAGAAGUUGACGGCGGCCCUAGAAGAGCAGCCAGAUAAUGCGGGGUAUUACUGUCAGCGAGCGUUUGCUCACAUUCUUCUUCAGAAUUACCACGAUGCUAUUACAGAUGCAAGGAAGUCCCUGGCGCUCGACCCCAGGAAUGCCACAGCUUUUCUCAGACAAGGGAUAGGCGAAUAUCACAUGGAGAGCUACAAGGCGGCAUUGAACUCUUUCAGUGAAGGACACAAACUUAAUAGUACCAAUGAAAUGUUUACUGACUGGAUUAAAAGAUGUGAAGAAGCCCUUAACACGAAAUCGCAGACUAAAAUGGAGGAUUCCCAGGUUUUGCAACACCCGUCACAGACACCCAAGUUCAAGCACGACUGGUACCAAACAGAAUCCCAUGUAAUCGUUACGAUUAUGAUCAAGAAUGCAAAGGAGGACAGUGUAAACGUACAGUUUUCAGAGAAGGAGCUGGAUGCCUUGGUGAGGGUUUCCUCAGAGGAAGACUACAGAUUAAAGCUUCAUCUUCUCCAUUCCAUCGUUCCAGAGCAAAGUACAUUCAGAGUACUUUCUACAAAGAUUGAGAUAAAGCUGAAGAAGCCCGAAGCUCUGCGGUGGGAGAAAUUGGAGGGAAAUGGAGGUUCUCCGAAGCUGAAACAUUUCCCCCCAGAUUCCAUGCUGUACCCAUCCUCCUCCCAUUACACAAGAAAUUGGGACAAAUUGGUGGGUGAGAUCAAAGAAGAAGAGAAGAGCGAAAAAUUGGAGGGUGACGCAGCUUUAAACAAACUUUUCCAGCAGAUCUACUCAGAUGGUACCGAUGAAGUGAGGCGUGCCAUGAAUAAAUCUUUUAUGGAGUCGGGUGGGACUGUUUUGAGCACGAACUGGUCUGAUGUGGGUAAACGGAAAGUAGACGUCAACCCACCAGAUGACAUGGAGUGGAAGAAAUUCUAAUCUGUUCCUGGGUCACAUAUCUGUUGUGUGUGAACAGAACAUCCGUGGAGCUGAAGCACUGAAUGUUUUUUGGGGGUGGGGAUUGUUGCCAUCUUCAUAUAUGCUUUAGGGAUUCCUUAAUCUGCAGGUUUAAAAAGGUGUGCAGGAAGCUUAUUUUCACUGUGGUCCACAAUGAGUUUUUAGUGACAUCCCAAACCCCAGGUCCCAACACACAUUUUUCUACUGGGCUGGUUAGUUGUGCAUUAGACGGACUCUUUAGGAUCAUUGCCCUGUCUGUAAAAUUAUAGGUUCUGGUGACUGUGGGGUCAAUGCACUUCUCAGCUACAGUGUUCACAUUAUUUUAAUUCUGUAUACAAAUAAAAUCGUCCAGAGAGAUGCUCAUCAAGUCAGCCUCAUUCUGCUCCUGUCAAAAAGAAACAGUUGUGGAGAAGCACCCAGUCAUUUCCAGAAUUGCUGUCCCAGUUGGUGUGCCUUUCACGUGGUGAAAAAGCGAGCACAUUUUUAUUCAGUUUUAGUGAAAGUAUUUUGUCGUACAACAUUGGUCACAAACGGAUUGAAAAUGCAGUAUGAGAAGAGGCCACUCGGAAUAAAUACAACUGAAUCUUGUUUUUCUUCAAUUAUGACAACUGAUUCAGUUUCUCUCAACAGACCCUCCCGUUGAAUAAAAAUUAUUUUCUUUAA